AUGACGCAUUUCAACAUCGACAUCGUCUCCGACACGGUGUGUCCGUGGUGCUACGUGGGCAAGAAACGCCUCGAGCGCGCCAUCGCCCAGCACAAGGAGACCCAUCCCUCCGACACUUUCUCCACGACCUGGCACCCAUUCUACCUCGACCCCACCGCCCCCGUCCCCGGCGAAGACAAGCAGGCCCGCUACGCCCGCCGCUUCGGCGCCGAGCGCAUAGCGAUGAUGCAGACGCGCCUGGCGCAAAUCGGCACCGCUGAAGGCAUCGCCUUCAAAUUCGGCGGCCGCAUAGGCAACACGCGCGACUCGCACCGGCUCAUCCAGCUGGGCAAGACGAAGUCGCCGGCGCUGCAGACGCGCGUCGUCGAGGAGCUGUUCGCCGCGUACUUCGAGAACGAGCGCGACAUUACGGAUAAGAAUGUGCUGAAGGAGGCUGGUGUGCGCGCAGGGUUGGAAGCUGAGGAAGUGGAGAGGUGGUUGGAGGAGGGGAAGGGUGGAAAGGAGGUGGAUGAGGAGGUGAUGGGAGCGCAGAGGAGGUUUAUUUCCGGGGUUCCGCAUUACACGGUGAAUAAGAAGUGGGAGGUUGGUGGUGCAGAGGACGCGGCGGCGUUUUUGGAGGUGUUUGAGGAGGUGAAGAGGGCGGAGAAAUAA